UGAAAAUGACAACGCAGACAGAACGACAGAACACGUCUAUUUUGAGGUGGAAAGUCGAAUUCUUUAAUGCGGCUGUUCACCAGAAAAUCACUCUUAAAAACAUUUGUCAUCCCGUUUCCUAACCAGCAAGUGGACCAGCGGACCGCCUGGUCAUGUGACCAUUGGACUGCCACGAUGAAACCCACUGACAAUAUCUAUGUGGUCUCGUGCGGGUGAGCAGCCACUCACCUUCUAACAGGUGCUUUAGUUUACUGUCACAUCUAGUGGUGGAUGAAUGUGCAAUAUGAUGAGUAGAGGCAGGCGGCGAUGCCUUCACUGUCACUGUGGCAUCCACAGCACUGCCAACUGCCCACACCGUUUCAGCUGGUUUGUUUUCAGUCUUCUGGUUCGGGGAAUGUUCCUCUUUCGUCUCGUUACUGUUAGUGUCAAUAUUACGGACUCGGGCGACGACUCGCCUUUGUUUACGCAACUCAAUGAUCGGGGGUUGCGUAAACGCUCAUUGUGCAGGUUUCGUAAGCUGGCAACAAAGGCUGUAAUCCCCCACCGUUUUAACUCGCGUUUGAACGCAGCGCGCAUCUGAUUGGAUGCCAGGGUACGUGUGUUUAAAGAGCACCGCGGAAGAAUGCCUCCGAUUGGACCAGAGAGUUCGCGCGCCAACGUUUCAAUAAAACGCUGGCCAGGCGAAGACGGCGCUUCAGUCUCUGCUUCUCUCGUCGCCCUCCUGCGUUCACCGCCGUCCGAGCUGCUUCCCUCCAGUUUUCCGCGCUUCCUCCUCCAAAAUUGUCCGCACCACUGACGAGCAGAAACGAUGAUGUCCAGCCGCUCUGUUCUCUCCGUCCAGAAGGAGAACAACGUGAGCAGCGAGAUGAACAAACUGUCGCUGAACAAAGAAAACACGCCUCCGAGUCUCAGUUCUUCCCGCGUCCUGGCCUCCAAAACCGCGCGGAAGAUCUUCAAGGACGCUCCGGCCAAAGAGGUGAAGGCGAGCGGUGGCGGGCAGACGGAGCCGCUGCUGAAGGACAACCCCCGCCGCUUUGUCAUCUUCCCCAUUCAGUACCAUGACAUCUGGCAGAUGUACAAGAAAGCAGAGGCUUCCUUCUGGACCGCAGAGGAGGUGGACUUGUCCAAGGACCUGCAGCACUGGGAGUCCCUGAAGGACGAGGAGAGGUACUUCAUCUCGCACGUGCUGGCCUUCUUUGCGGCCAGCGACGGCAUCGUCAACGAGAACCUGGUGGAGCGCUUCACCCAGGAGGUGCAGGUGACGGAAGCCCGCUGUUUCUACGGCUUCCAGAUCGCCAUGGAGAACAUCCACUCUGAGAUGUACAGUCUCCUGAUUGACACCUACAUCAAGGACCAUGGAGAGCGAGAGUACCUGUUCAACGCCAUCGAGACUCUGCCCUGCGUGAAGAAGAAGGCCGACUGGGCGCUCAACUGGAUCGGCAACAAGAACGCCAGCUACGGGGAGCGGGUGGUGGCUUUCGCUGCCGUGGAAGGCAUCUUUUUCUCAGGCUCCUUCGCCGCCAUCUUCUGGCUGAAGAAGCGAGGUCUGAUGCCCGGUCUGACCUUCUCCAACGAGCUGAUCAGCCGAGACGAGGGCCUCCACUGUGACUUCGCCUGUCUGAUGUUCAAGCAUCUGCUCCACAAACCUUCUGCAGAGACGGUCACCGCCAUCAUCAGGAACGCUGUGGAGAUCGAACAGGAGUUCCUGACGCAGGCUCUGCCGGUGAAGCUCAUCGGGAUGAACUGCGACAUGAUGAAGACCUACAUCGAGUUCGUGGCCGACAGACUGAUGAUGGAGCUGGGCUUCCCCAAGAUGUUCCGAGUGGAGAACCCCUUCGACUUCAUGGAGAACAUUUCUCUGGAGGGAAAGACCAACUUCUUUGAGAAGCGUGUGGGCGAGUACCAGAGGAUGGGGGUGAUGUCGGGCACCAGUGACAACACCUUCAGGCUGGAUGCAGACUUCUGAGGCGCCACGCGCGCGAUUGUACAUAGCUUUUAGCUGCUUUUUAAUGUUUGUUUUAAUGGACUGUACAGAAGCUAGUUUCUUCUAAUAAAACCACCUCGACUUUUUGUUUUGGAGUCGUG